AGGAAAAAAGAAGGGAGGGAAGGAGGUCCAAUUUACCGAUACUUGGCUGAGUUCUGACGCCAGCACCGAAGUGAUGUAAGAGACGGAGGGAGGGAGAAGAGAAGAAGUGCGGAGAGAAGGGAGAGAGAGUGACAGAGCCGCUAGGAGCUCUGAUGCGCUCCUCACUUUCGGAGACCCAGACAGAGAGCGAGUCCCUAGCGGGGAUCCAACCAGAGAUUAAGUUUGCCUCCAGGAGAAGUGGCUGGGUCUCCGGGUAUCAGCACCUUGGACAGCGACCCGCGCCGCAGCUCAGCCGGGGAGGAGAGCGCGCGGAGCCGGGGCUUCCCCCUCAGCUCCUGUCCCUGCCGGGAUCGGGCGUUCUGUUGUCACCGCUUCUCUCUCUCCCUCUCUCUCUACCUUUCUCUCUCUCUCUACCUCUCUCUCUCUAUUCCUCUGUCUCUCUCUCUCUCUCUCUCUUGCGCCGCAAUGGGCUUUAGAGCGUUCAUUGCAUAAUAAAAGCAGAGAAUGCCCUUGACGACCGCUUUGCGCCCAGCUGUACUCGCAAUGAUUGCACGGGAAACUGCGCGAACAAGGGCAAGACUGUGAUUAAGAAGCCCGUUUUUUUAAUGCUUGACCAGAGUUAAAAGUGUCUUUCGCCAACACGUCUAGAACUUGAAGAGCUUUUUUCGCGCUGCCAUGGGGAUAAGGCACAUUCUCCUGCUGCUCAUAUACCUGGACCCCCUCUGCGUCCUGAGCGCAGCCACGGGGGGCAAAAAGCCCAAGCAAGCCCCCAGGAAAGCCCCCAAAGCCACGGUGGUGCCCACGGUCGUCCCGCAGAAAACCCCGAAACCGGCGCCCGCCAAGGACCACGACACCUGCCAGGGCUACUACGACGUGAGCGGCCAGUUCGACAUGGCGUUCGAGUGCAACAACACGUACCACCGCUACUGCUGCGGGACGUGCUCCAUGCGCUUCUGCUGCGAGCACAAGAAGGACCGGCUGAACCAGGCGGGCUGCAAAUUCGUCACGCCGGUCCCGGACGCGACCUCCACCUCGACGCCCAUCCCGACCAUCAACGAGCUGAGCAUGGAUCACACCAACACGGCGGUGUACAUCACCGGCGGGGUCAUAGCCUUCAUCAUAGUGGUGGGGGUGUCGGUCAAAGUGGCUUAUGACAAGGCUACGGGUCCGCCUCAGGAAAUGAACAUACACAGGGCCCUCGCAGACAUUCUAAUGCAACAGGGGCCCAUCCCCAUCUCCCAAUAUGACUGUGAGAAUUUUGCAGCGAUGAACGGCUCACCAAAAGACAACACGCCGAUCAGAACCUCGUCGAAGAAUCACUACACCCCCGUGCAUUCCUCCAAAUCCAACCACGGUCUCCACUACGGGAAAGAGAGCAUCCGGAGCAGCGGCGGCGGUGGCGGCGGCGACCUUCACAACUUCAUCUCCUCUGGCUUCGUGACGCUCGGUCGAGGCCACCAGAAAGGGGAAAAACAUUGGCCGGUCCGCUCCCAGAGUCACCAUGGUACCCAUCAGCACAGCUAUAACCAUGUGGCUCUAGGUAGCCCCACACGCACACCUAAGAAUGCUCACCGAUCAUUGAGACGUGAGAACAAUCGGAUAAGCGGCAUCCUGACCUCGCAGACGGAGCCAUACGACCUGUCUUUCUCGCGCUCCUUCCAGAGCCUGUCACACCUGCCGCCCUCCUACGAGGCGGCCGUCAAGGCCGACCUAAGCCGGUUCUCAUCCCUGAAGAAACUCACAGAUAAAGAAGUUGAUGACUACUACACCCGUAAGCGCCACCUGCCUGACCUGGCAGCAAGAGGCACUCUUCCUUUGCAUGUUCUCAAAAUGAGUCAAGAACAGCAUCGGGAACAGCAGCAGCAGCAACUCCAAAGCCAACCUCCACCUCCUGGUAUCUCCCAGGCCCCUCCUCAGUCGCAGUCUUCACAGCAACAGUCGCAGCAAAGGCAGAGGCCUCGCCGUGUCCAGAGGGCCAUGUCCCAGGACCGCGUUCUGGUCCCACAAAGUGGUCCCCACCAGGACUACAACAUGUCUUCUGAGGGCAUGUCUCCCUACGGUGGCCGAAUCCUCUCAGAUGAGCAGCUUCUGUCUGCUGAACGUCUUCGUUCCCAGGAGCGUCUUCUGCCGCAGGACCGUCACACCUCACAAGAUCGCCUGUACUCCAAGGACCGCCUGUACUCCAAGGACCGACUCUUGUCCCAGGAGCACUUGUAUUCGAAAGACCGCCAUUACUCUCAAGAGCGCCUCUAUUCGCAGGACCGCUUGUACUCGCAAGACCGCCUCCUGUCCCAAGAUCCUCUUCUGUCGCCGGACAAGCUGAUGAUGUCCUUGAAGCGUGGCAUGGUCAGCAGCAUUUCUGGUGGCUUCUAUGGCAGUGACAAGUCAAUUUCCCGCGCCAUUUCACACACUGACGUGUUCACACCGACCACUCCGCUCAUGGAUCGCUACAAGAUGACCAAAAUGCACUCUCAUCCCAGUGCCUCGAACAAUGGUGGUAGUGGCGGUGGCGGCAGCGGGGCACCGGGGACRGGGGUGGCCGUGCAUUCCAACACGUUAGCCAUGAACCAGACAGCAAAUAAAAGGCAAGUGUUUGCCUCCAGACGAACUCACACUGUGGAGCAGCUCCACUAUAUCCCACAGCACCACCAGCAGCAGCAGCAGCAACAACAGCCACAGCACUACCGCACAGGCAGCAAGACUGAAGUGACUGUGUAACAGCAACCCAAACCUAAACUGUGCUAGAAGAACCACUGCUGUACCAGGCGGUGGGCUCGAUUGCAGAACAUGGUUUCACUUGCCACCUUGUAGAGUAGGAAGUAGUGACUACAUUUUCCUUAACUGAAGAUUCCAGGACCAAGAUCAUCCACUAGCUUACUGUGAGACCGGAACAAAGAACUACACUGUACACUGCAUAAACAUGCCCAGCAAGAUUUAAAGCCAGAUUGGGUUGUGGAAGGGGUGAGGUUGGGCAUUGUCAAGUUAACCUGCCUGAAACAACUUCCAGUUUUUGGGAUAAUCCUAUUUGUCCACAGUCUUAACGGCCUGCAUCUGUGUUUGUUUUAGUGGAAAACACUGAUUGUGUCUGUUUAAGCCUUUAUCAGUCCCCUUUGUCCCAACAAUCUGUGACCUUUUCUGGCAAAUCUUAAGGGCUUUGCAUGGUUAUAGACAAAAAGUGAUUCCUCUGUGACUUCUGUUGUGCAAAGCAGCACCAUCACAGGCGAUGAACAAGAGGGAGCCUGUAGUAUCUUUAUAAAUAUAUAAAUAAAUAAAAUAAAGGAAUAAAAAGAAUAUUUUUACGCCCCAUCUAACUCAUAGCUCUAGAGAAUCUCAAGAGAGAAACUGAAAUGGAUGUUAUCUGCACUCGUAUUUGGUGCCUCUGACAGAUGUUCCAUUUCUGAAUAUCAAGUGGUUUUGUGGGUUACAAAGCACAAUCAAUAGAAAAUAUUCAGUUUUGGUUUAUCUUUGACUUUGAAUAGUGAUGGCUAGUUUGUUUUGUUCUUAAAACAAUGGCAAUCUUGUUCUUUUUUUUCUUGUUUUGUUUUUCAUUUUUUGCUUCCAGUAGAUAAUUGUAAAUAAGCUAUCCUAGAAGCAGUAUUAUGGACAGGUCUGUACUGGAUGAACUUUGUAUUAGACUGUCUGUUUUAAAUAGAUUCUAAACAACUAUAACUCAUCACUGUUUUGUGAGUUCAAGAUAGAAACCCACUUAACCAAGUAUCUGAAAGGAUAAUUAUCGUGUUUCUUUGCAAACGUGCUUGGACGAGAAGUGAAUGAAUGUGCUGCUAACAAAUGUACCACAUUCAUGUUUGGAUGUAGACUGUACUCCACUGACAUUGGAAGACUGAAAUUUCUCGGGUAUGGAGUCCAAGGCUUGUCAAAGUAGGGUCAAAUAAAUCAUCCAUAUUUUUCUAAACAUGCAA